AAACGUCAUGUGAUUUUAUAUAUAUUUAAUUUCCCUGAAGAUAAAUGAUGUAGUUCUGUUACAAUAGUUGAGCAAAUCAUGGUUAAUUUCAUAUAUUAAUUUAAUGAUUGUGUGAUACUGUAGUUCUAUAGUUAAUUGUUUAUGGAAAACAGCAUAAAUUGUUAUUGAAUAAUGGCAGAGGAAAGCAAGGUUGAUUUACAUAUUUCAUUAGUUAUAGUGGGAGAUGACCAAUCUAGCGUCAAGGAUUUAUUUUACUCGUUUGUCAACGAGCCUAUUCCAAACAACCCUUGUUCAGUAGAAGCUGGUCAGUAUGUUGCAAGAAAGAAUAUUCUCCUUGAUGAUCAAAGGAUUUGUCUGGAAAUUGGAUUGCUUAUUUCCGGAGGCAAAUGGGAGACUCUAACCAAGUUUAAACAAUCAUUGUUGCAAGGUUCAAUUUAUGGAGCUGUUAUUGUACAUGACACAUCAGAAAGUAUGUCCUUUGAUACUUUAGAAGAUUCGAUUCGGAAAUUGAGAACAGAAGUAAGAUCUGACAUCAAAAUAACGUUUGUCAUGAUCAGUGGGAAAAAUGCAUCAGAAAAUAUUGUGAACUACGAACUAGGAAAAGAGCUUGCAGAUUCCUUCAAUGUGAACUUUAUCAAAGCAGAUUCAAAUACAAAUGAUGACGUUCAACAGUUGAUGAUAACAAUAAUUAACAAUAUGAUGUAUGACAUACCAAAGCUUUCAGGAAAUAUGGUAAUGUCAACAGGAUGUCCGGAUGUAAACAAAGAAGCUGAAAGUGGAAGACAAAGGGGACUUUUCAAUCGCCUUUUAAAUCCAGUAGUCGGGGUGGGUAUUUUAAAGAAAUUGCAUAUUGCAAUAUAUUGCGAUAUUCACAGACAUAUUGAAAUAAAUUGCGAUAUAUUGAGAACUGUAUAA